CUUAUUUUCAACCGUGUAUUUCUUGACAUCAUCAGUAUUUUUGUUAUCAUUUUCUGCUCAAACUUUUUCACUCGAAUUGAAACAAAAUUAUUAAAAUUAAACUAAAGACACAAGUAUUCUAACUUCUCUUCUGGCGCGGACCCUCUGCUCUAACUCCUCCGGAAUAGCCAAUUCUUCACACAAGGAAUUCUCGGACUGUUCACUACCGGAAUCAUCAUCGAUGGCUGCUGCUAGUUUUACAUCUUUAAUAUCUCGCACGAGCCGCAUCGUCAUGGUCAUUUUGGUGUCGACGUUUCUCGUUCGACUUGGAACAUCUUUUUCGGACAAUCUCAGUACAAGCGCGUUGAAUAUGGCCUUCCAUGCCACACUUAUCACAAACUUUAAACUUAGCACCGCAGUCUUCGGCAUCAUGAAAAUUAGCUGUGCAACGCCAACACGGAACCGGUUGUUUUGCUGACGAAGAAUCAUAAUUGGCACGGAAAAAUUGACCUUGAUUGUUACGCCAGUUGCCACGGUCAGGCUUGGGCUGAUAACUUGCACGAAACGAAGAUUGAUAGCCUCCACGGUAUGUUGAUUGAAAGCCACCUCGGUUUGGAUUUUGGUACCCCCCACGGUUCGGAAACUGAUAUCCACCACGGCUCGGGAAUUGAUAUCCCCCACGGUUCGGGAACUGAUAUCCCCCACGUUGGGUUUGGAAACGUCCGUUCGAUCCAUGAUUUCGGGAUUGAUGUGAGAAUGCCACUGCUGCCACCGAACUACUAUCAAAUGCUUGUGGAUGUGUUUUUGCGAACACUUCUUCGUUCAAUUUAUCGAGCUCAUAGGAACGAACUUUUUCAACCAGAUCCGAUAGUGACGCUCCCUUCCUGAAUACUUUUCUACCAAUAUCGCGCAUCUUCACGUCCAAUGCAUGGCAUUGAAUAACAUCAGCCACAUUUUCGACAAGCUGUUCUUCAUCGAAAUCACACAUCUUCGCCGCAGAGAUAACACGCUUAACGUAAUUCAACCCAGAUUCGCCGGUUGAUUGUACCAUGCUACGAAGUUUUUGCCGAUGAGCCGCUAAAUAUUGCCUCGAACCAAAAUACUUUUGCAAUCUGAAGAUGGCAUCCGAAUAAGGUUCCAGGAUGAAAUCAGGACCAUCAGCAGAUGAAGUGGUGUUUUCAAGGAUGUCCAUCAACUGUUGUCCUGCUUUUAUUUUGAAAAAGCGCAUUUUCGUUGAUUCGCUUUCAAUUCCAGCCAAAUCCAUGGAAGCCUCAAGCAGCUCUUUCCAUUGUUCGAAAGACUUCCGAGUCACGUCAGCUUCACCAUGCGGAGGUUUACAUUCAGGAACAUUCAAGGUUGCCACUGACAGAUUAUUCAUAGAUUUAACCAGCAUCGACUCAUCCUUAGUGUGAGAGUAAUGAGAGUCGCGCAUAGUUGAAUGCUUUUGCAUGAAACCAUAGUCGUCGAUGUCAGGGUCUGUAGACUCCAAUUGCCGCUUCUCCGAUCGCACUCUUUUAAGCUUCGUGGCAAGAGACGAACUACGCACUCUCUCCUGCUUUAGUUUUUUUUUUAGUAGAGCAAUCGUGACUUUCGGACCUUUGAUAGUAUUUUUACGUACUUUCCUGUGAAAUGGGAAUACCACGUGUUUAUUAGAAACUAAGGUUCACAUGCAACUCCGCUUCAACUGAUAAGCAGUUUUAUUUAUCAAAUAAUUCCUAAAUAGUUAUAUAGCUGGAAAGUUAUUCUAUUCAUUUCAAAUGUAAUUUGUUUUAAUAUCAUUCAGUUUUUUUUUUUGUAUUCAGCUUACAAGUGCUUUAAUUUCACCAAUUCAUCUACUAGGUUUAGAUUACUAAAGGUUCAAGAAACUAUAGUGGACAAUACUUGGCACUCAAAUCAAGCAUUUCGGAGGUUUCACCAAUACCAUUUGAAUGUAAAUUUCGAAAGGUCACUUUGUGCUUGAUUAAUACAAAUCUCACUGUGGUAAGCACUGAUGACUCGAAAGGAAUUACUUAAGCAUUUCAUUGUCACUACUUUAAAUUAUCUAAGGGUGGUCUCUCAGGACACUGAAUACAUAAAAUCGUUGUUUAUUAAAAUUAUAACACAAUACUGAUUGCUUGACCCUAGCGUCUUGGGGCCCAGAAUUUAUCAAUUCGUUGCCUCUACAGAUUUGAUUAAUAUGUUCACUAGACAGUUCUGGCGGUUUAUUGGCCUUCAAUCUAUAAAUUCGUUGCCUCUCAAAGCUAGAUUUGUAUCGAUCCAAUUUGAGUAAUGCUGUCAUUUCAAGGCAGGCCUCUCGGGGCUUUAACUAUUACUAUUCAAAUCAACGUUUGGAAAACCUCUCGGGGCACUCAUUUUGUUGCCUCUCAGGGCGUGUCAAUAUCCAUAAUUAGUUAUCAGUAACAUCGACUCAAUAAGGCCUCUCGGGGGCCUUUAUUCAUCAAUUCGUUGCCUCUCUGGGCGUAUUAAUAUCCAUCAUUAAUUAUCAGGUACUAACGACUCGAACAUGGCCUCUCAAGGCAUUCAAUUCAUCAAUUCGUUGCCUCUCAGGGCUUUAUAUUUAUCAAUUUAAGUUGCAUAAUACUGAUGUUACAAACAAACCUCUCAGGGCUUCAACUAUUACUAUUCUGUUAAACAUUUGUUAAGCCUCUCGGGGCACUCAAUUCGUUGCCUCUCGGGGCGUGUCAAUAUCCAUUAUCAGCUAUCAGUCAUUUCAGUAGUCCUCUCGGGGCUUUAAUUAUUACUAUUAUAUCUUACUUUUGGAAAGAUUCUCGGAGUACUGAACUCUUUGCCCCUCGGGGCCCCUAUUCUAUUGAACUUUUGGAAAGCCUCUCAGGGCAUGUCGGGGCAGAAAUAUCGACUCGAAUAAGGCCUCUCGGAGCCAUUAAUUCGUCAAUUCGUUGCCUCUCUGGGCGUUUCAAUAUCCAUCAUUAGUUAUCAUGUACUAACGAUUUGAACCUAGCCUCUCAGGGCAUUCAAUUCAUCAAUUCGUUGCCUCUCAGGGCUAUAUAUUUAAGUUGCAUAAUGCUGAUGUUUCAAACAAACCUCUCAGGGCUUCAACUAUUACUAUUCUGUUAAACAUUUGUUAAGCCUCUCGGGGCACUCAAUUCAUUGCCUCUCGGGGCGUGUCAAUAUUCAAUAUUAAUUAUCAGUAAUAACGAUUCGAACAAGGCCUCACGGGGCCUUACUUCGUAAAUUACUUGCAUCUCAGAACUUUAUAUGAUCAAUUUAUGUUAAAUAAUACUGACGUUUCCAAACAAGCCUCUCGGGGCUCCAAUUAGUACUAUUCAAGUAAACGUUUGGAAAAUCAUUCAUCUUAGAAUACAGUCUCUCGAAGCGCAUAGUAUCCAGUUAUUUUUUAAAAGGGCUUCUCAGGUUGUAUGAAAAUAAAAAUAAAACUUAUCUCUCAUUGUUUUUUUUUUAAAUUUUAUUUACUUCCUUUCAAGUUUUGUUAUUUUCUUUUCACCAUCUUAACAGUGACCCUCUCAGGCACUUGAAUUUGUUUUCUUUCGAAAAAAAAAAAGACUCUCGGGGUUCAAUAACUAUUUAUGUUUCGUUUUAUUUACUUCAUUCCGUAUAAUACUCAGGGCACAUCAUAUCAAUUUUCAUUCAAAUGGACCUCUAGGGUCACUACAUUCAAAAUAAAACCAUACCAAAAUAGCGUCGCAGUUCAAAGGGCAUUCUCAGAAAAUCUGAAGGAAUUAGUUUAUUCUCAAGGAUUGAAGGAACCUUAUCCUUUUUUUUUGUUGAUGUCUCUUGAGUUUCAUUAUUUAACUAUUUAUAUUCCUUGUGCUUUUGAAGAAAAGUGCUUCUCGAAGCACACAUAUUUAAUGUUAUUUGGAACUUAAUUUCGUUGGAAGCCUCUCAGGGCAAAGUGGCUGUUUAAAUAUUGUAACCAGGAAGUCAUCAAACGACUGCUUCUCGAAGCACCCAUAUUUAAUGUUAUUUGGAACUUAAUUUCGUUGGAAGCCUCUCAGGGCCAAGUGGCUGUUUAAAUAUUGUAACCAGGAAGUCAUCAAACGACUUUUUUUUGAUGAUCUAUUAGUGGAACCGAGUUGCUACCGAAGGCAAUAUUGCUAGGAUAUUAAAUCAAUCGUCACAAAACAAGAUGGCGGAGUAAUGAUGUUUGCAAAAAUUUACAAUAAUUUGUUGCCUCUCAUGGCAAAGUUUAUAUAUUUGCAAUAAAUUGCAGCUUGAUAAUCAAAAGAUUACUCCUCAAUUACAGCGUCUUGUACAAUUUUUGUAGCGAAAUAAUGCUAAAUCAAUAUAACUCGAAUGCCAAAAACAAGAUGGCAACCUAAUGCGCUUCGCAAGAAUUUAUACCUCUACGUUGAAAUUUUGAAAUAGGGAAGUUUUUUUUGCAGAAAACUUACCGCUUAGGAGCUACUGCGCCAUUGUCGUGUUCGGCGGGAUUCAUCCCUUCAGCUGCUUCCAUUCUUUUUUUUUUUAGAUUGCACCUUUUCUUUAAUUUUCCACUACUUUUAGUUUUUCACGUCUUUUACUAAUGACUUCUUUCUUCAAACUGAUUUUUUUUUUGCUCUCCCUUUUUUUUACCGAAACGGAAAUUAUACCACAACUCUCUCGCUCAUGCAUUUUCUCUCAUAAACCAUUUAUACCACUUCUCUAAUUUGCUACAAGGGUUCGGUUCAAUUUCUAAAUCUGGGAAUACACACUCCACAAAUAUUAAGCCCUAAAUAUUUUCUCUUUAGCACUAUAUCACUUCCUACACUUUUGUCAAUAGAAUUUACAUUUUUGUUAAAAACAACAGCGUAGCGGGCGGAUAAAGCUCGAAGGCUAACUCCCACGAAUGAGACCGCGGUGCCAGCUGAGUCGGUGGAAGUCUUUUCGACUAGCUUUCAUCCUCAAAUACAUCACCGCUUCCGGUGGUAGUUGUUUGGUCAGCGAACGUUUCCUGAAAAAGAACAAUGUCGUCAUUUUUAGUUGAAAAUAGACAAGAAACAUCCUUACCCAGCUCCUUUUUUGUCCGGUAUGACUAGCUGCGGUUUCUAAGCCUGUGUUGAAGUUGGUCACUGUUUCGUGUCAUUGGCCUUAACCGGAAGAAAGCCACCAUCAAAUAUCCACUCCAGCAAAUUGCGGCUUUUUCAUGAGCGUGUCCAGGUAGGGGAGUUUCUACCAGCCGUUUGCGUUUGAACGGCAAACAUUGGGAGGCGGAUGAAGGCAACACGAGCCCGACUGUUCGAAGGUGUCGUUCGACUCUUGGAGCAUGGGUUCUUUGCAGUACUUGUCGCCGGGAACUCUUGGUGCACCGGAGCACUGUGUGAGCUGAUGGAUCGUUUAACAGUACAGUGCUUGGUGGUCAUGCUGCUGCAGUGAUGGGAAAUUUUUCACUUUUCUUUUCUCGACGAUGAGCUGCUGCUGCUGUCGUCGUUCUCGACCGAGGCACCACUCGGAAGCGGGGGAAGCUUGGGCGGGCCAAGUUCGAUCGGUAGAGAAGCAUUGUUGCCCUCAAUGCACCGGUCCGUCGGCCGACGAUUCAAAAUUGUAAAAUUGAUCCGUGGCAAACUGAACUAAACUGAAUGUCAACAAAUUCUACACGCUGAACGUAGUUUGUUACUUACUUACUUACUUACUUAAUGAUCCCGCGCCGAUCCUCCGGUGCAUAGGGCCGUGGUAAAAGACCUCCACUGUUGACGAUCCGGAGCCAGCGUCUUCACCUGGUCCCAGUCAAGAUUUUCGUCGACAGUUCGGAUUUCAGCGGCUAGGCUUCGCCGCCACGAGUUUCUGGGCCUGCCUCUUCUUCGAUGACCUUCUGGAUUCCAAUCUAGCGCCUCUCUGCAAAUCUCGUUUUCAUCUCUUCGCAGCGUGUGCCCAAUCCAUCUCCACUUACGUUCUCGAAUCUCGACUUCUAGCGCCCUUUGAUGACACCGGCGAUGCAGUUCCUCAUUCGAGAUCCAGUUGCCAGGCCACCAAGCGCGGAUGAUGUUCCGCAGGCAGCGGUUUACAAAUACUUGCAGUUUUCGCGUCGUCACCGCAUAUGUGCACCAAGUUUCGCACCCGUACAGCAAUACGGAUUUGACGUUUGAGUUGAAGAUUCGGAUUUUUGUUCGUAGAGAGAUCUGGCGUGACCGCCAGAUGUUUCGGAGACUCGCAAACGCAAAUCGGGCCUUUCUGAUCCGGGUUUCGAUGUCUUUCCUGGCACCACCAUCAGGCGCUAUCUGGCUACCAAGAUACUGGAAGCACUCCACUCUCUCAACCUGUUGCCCAGCUACCAUGAAACUGGAGGGAUUUCCUGUGUUGAUCUCCAUCGACUUGGUCUUUCCGACAUUGACUUUGAGACCUGCUGCCUUGGAACUUUCGGUGAGGUCGUCGAGUUUGCUCUGCAUAUCCGGUUGCGUUUGGGCGAGCAAAACAAUAUCGUCAGCCAGGUCAAGGUCGUUCAGAUGCUCCAUUGUUGAAGGAUUCCACGGCAAUCCUCGGUUCGGUGCACAGUCGAUCGAUCCAGUCAGAAUCUCAUCCAUUACGAUUAGAAAAAGCAGCGGUGAUAAAAUACAUCCUUGUCUCACUCCAGCAGUUACCGGGAUUGGCUCGGACAAGACACCGUCGUGCAAGACCUUGCACGAAAAUGCCUCGUAUUGUGCUUCGAUGAGAUGGACUAGUUUCUCUGGGACCCCUCGUCGCCUUAGAGCCGCCCAGAUGUUUUCAUGGUUGAGUCGGUCGAAUGCUUUUUCGAAAUCAACGAACACCAGCAGAAGAGAGUCCUGGAAUUCGUUGAUUUGUUCCAGUAUGAUUCGUAGCGUUGUGAUGUGGUCCACACAUGAUCGUCCAGAUCGGAAUCCAGCUUGUUGCCGUCGGAGUGUAGCGUCUAUUUUCUCCUGGAUCCUGUUCAGAAUCACUUUGCAGAGUACUUUGAGGGUUGUACAGAUCAACGUUAUGCCUCGCCAGUUACCGCACUCAGUCAGGUCUCCUUUCUUCGGGACCUUUACGAGGAUACACAGUAAACGAAAACUACCGAGUUCGGUAAUUUUUUUUACCGAACCAGUUCUGUAAUUCGUAAAUUUUCGGUAAUUGAUCGAUCUGACGUCUUGUUUUUACCGAGUUCGGUAGAUUGAUUCUUUGUUUACCGAGGUUCGUUUAUUUUUAUAUAAACAAAUCGCUUCGCCGUAAAUUUUCGGUGAAAAAACACCGAAAACUGUAAAUUAGCAUCGCCGUCAACACAAACGUCAAAUUUUGAGCGCCCAUUUUUUGCAGCUUUGAGCACAACCGUCUCUUUCUGAUAACCGCGAUGUGUUAGUGACGUCCCGCUUGCGCCACUAAAAACAAAAUCAAAAAGAAACGUUUUCAAUUUUUGCGUAUGCGCAAGCGGGGUGCUUUCUAUCGAGCAGUAAAAUUUCGGUAUCGCGUGUUUGUGGAUGAUGUUGAGAAAAAUCGAUAAUUAAAAUCAUCCGGUGCGGGUUGAACUAAUGUUUCGGUAAUCGAUUUGUGAUAAUAACCCAUAAUACUGGUGUGCCACCGAAUUACCUCUGCUGGAAGGUUUACUCUCCAAGCGUGCUAGAGGUAUGGAACCUCUAGCGCACUUUAUAGUAUCUGAUUGUCCGGCUUGUUGGAUGAUUGCCUUUUCCUGCGGUUGAGAUUUUUUAACCUGGUAUUGAAAUUGCAGGUAAGUAUCAAAUGAUUCGAUAUCAUCAUUACCUAAAUCAGCGCUUGCAGAAAGAGUUAUCUUCCAGCUUUGCAAAAUUGAAUAGCCGAAUGCCCAAUGACCCAAAGUAAAUUUUCCUUUACCCAAUUGCAUUUCUUCUUUUUCCAAACUUCCAAGACAGAUCGGCAAAAGUUCCGGUAAGGGUCCAAGCGACGGUCCCAACAAACUUCAUAAUUCGAGUAAUUACUGCCACCAGCCUCAACAGCAGCAAUAUUCCCAGUGGUCAAUCUCACCUUUGGUAAAUUUUUUCCUGUCCCAAACGAUUUGGAAAUGAUUGAGCUGCAAGAUGGAUUUUACUGUCUCAUCCGUCCCCCGGAACAAGUGUUACAAGUUCAUCAGUGUUACAAGUAAGUAAAACAGAGCAAAAAACAAACUGUUUCUUGGUUGAAGAUGUAACCACCGCUACACCAGAAUGUUACCUAGGUACUUCCCGUUUCUGCUUGCUGCCGAUAUGGAUUAUACGAUACCCACCGAUAAUCACCUGCAUUGUCCGAUCUUGGGUAAAUUUUUUGGUGUGAAAGGAGAUCCACCCGGCACCCGGUUUGGUUUAAAAAAGGAAUACCAAGCAACUAAUACUUCGAGAUGUGGUCUGCAGAUAGCCUUUGGCGGAGGCGUGUGUUUGUGUUUAUGAAUCUGGCAACAAAACAUCCGUUGAGUGGCAGAAGAUUGCAAACAGCCAUCACCCCCAGCAGCAGCAGUAGUUUCAAAUUUAAAAUUCAAAAUUAGAUUAAAACUUUAAAUCCAGAUUUUAGAUCUAGUUUCAGAUUCCGAUUGAGUUUUCAGUUUCCAAUUCAUAUUCAGAUUUCAGAUUUAGUUGAGAUUACGAUUCAGAUUUCAGAAUCAUUCAUCAUUCAUUUGGGGUUCAUAUUUCAGUAUCUAAUUCAGAUUAUGGAUUCACAUUUUGAUCGGAUUUCAGAUUCAAAUUAGGAUUGAGAUAUACCAGUUUAGAUUCAGUUGUUCGAUUCAGUUUUAAAUUUGAGAUUCAAAUAUAGAUUAGGUUUUUAGAUUCAGAUUUCAAAUCUAGUUUCAGAUAGAGGUUUCAGUUUCCGAUAAAGUUUCAGUUUCCGAUUCAUAUUCAGAUUUUAGAUUCAGAAUCAAAUUAAGAUUAAGGUUUCAGAUUUCAGUUUCCAACUCAGAUUUAAGAUUCACAUUUUGAUAUGAAUUUCAGUACAAAUUGAGAUUGGGAAAACUAUAGAUUCAAGAUGGUCUUAGAUAGCGAUUUCAGUGUGGAAGCCGCUUGCGCAGUAUCAAUUGCAGUCUUUGUAAUCAGCUAGCAGUACGAUAUCUAACCUACCUUCCCGAGAUUUUCAUUUCCACAAUAAAUAAAUUCUUCAAUAAAUUCUUCAUGUAUUUUCUUCUCUUCUGAAGAUUCUCACGACUGUUAGUGAAUUUUAUGUCGAAUAUGGAUAAGCAAAAAACAAAUAUGAGGUUAGCUGAAAACUGAAAAAUUUUCGGUAAUUUUUACUGAAACCCGUAAAACGUUCUAUUAUUUCAGCUUAUCAUGCACAAGAUGAUUCGAGUAUCCUGAAGACAUUAAGCAAGAAAUCUCAAUUCUGAUGAACACAGAUGGACAUAAAAAAGUCGAAUCGAUGUUUUCUCCUAAAGCGGUGUUUUAAUUACGCACGGCGUUCAACGUGAGGGGCACUUUUUUCCAGAAGACACUUCGGCACAACAUCGAUUUAAAUGAGUCUCUGACGACCAUAUUAUGUAUUCCUCAGGAUUGAAAUUUCUUGCUUGAAGUAAUCUCUGGAAACUCGAAUCAUCUCGCGUUAUGCGCUUUGCAUCAUAUGGUGAAAUUACCGAACGUAUAACGGAUUUCGUUAAAAAUUACCGAAAUUUUUACAGUUUUCGGUAAAUAUUACCAGCAUUUCGGUAAUAAUUACAAAAAUUUCGGUAAAAACCACCGAUAUUUCGGUAAACGUCGCCGGUUGUUCGGUACAAGUUACCGAACUUUUUGGUAGAAUUUACCGGUAUUUCGGUAAUAUUUACCUGUAUUUCUGUAAUAUCCACCGGAAUUACGGUAAUAAUUACAGGUAUUUCGGUAAAAUAUUUCGGUUGUUCGGUAAAUAUUACCGAGCUUUUACAGCUUUUCGGUAAAAAAAAAUACGGUUUUUCGGUAAAAUUUAUAGAUAUUUUGGUAAUAAUUACAGGUUUUUCGGUAAUAAAUUUCGGUAUUUCGGUAAACUCUACCGGUUGUUCGGUACACAUUAACUAGCUUGUAUAGUAUAUCGGUUAAACAUUACCGGCCUUUCGGUAAUAAUUAAAGACGUUUCGGUUCAACAAUACCGGUUGUUCGGUAAUAUAACGAGCUGUCAUGUUAACAACUGUCAAUAUUUUGACAGAUGAUCAGCCGAGUUUUGGUUAUUUUUUACCGAAAAAGGUCCGUAAUAUUUGACAGCUGUCACUUCUCGGCCAUGAAAAAUUUACCGAACAGUUUAACGAACUCCACAUGUUAGGAUUUCGGUAAAAAAAUUACCGAAUUCGGUAAUUUUCGUUUACUGUGUACCCUGCAUCCAGUCGGCCGGGAAUGUUGCAGUAUCCCAGAUGUCAGCGAAAAGACGGUGCAACAUUUGUGCUGACAGGGCAGGGUCGGCUUUCAGCAUUUCAGCAGGGAUACAAUCGAUCCCAGGUGCUUUGUUGGAUUUCAUGUUUUUGAUUGCCGCUUCUAUUUCAGCCAGCGAGGGCGCUUCCGAGUUGACGCCAUUUAUGCGACUUACUGUAGGCGCCUCGAGCUGCGUAGUUUGUUAACUCAGCAUUAAAAGGUAGAUUUUUUCAGUGCAUGUUUGCUCUCGCCCCUUUCUUAGGGCAUCCGCAGCAAUCGCGAGCAAAGUGAAAAUGCUCACGAGUUUAAUCACUUUUAUACCGCACCGGGGGUUAGUAUAUGGGUGAGCAAAAUAGGGCCGUUGCCGUCGGGACCGACAAAGUCACCAAAUUUGCUCACAAGAAAGGGGCGAGAGCAAACAUGCACUGAAAAAUUAUAGACUACUAAAUGUUUAUUGAUGAUAUUCUUUAUUUUACAAAAUGUUGAAUAAAAUGCAUGAUAAAUUCAAUUUAAAAUAACAAAAUAGUAAUGAUCGCAUGGUAACUUAACUGGAAAUGUGCUUUGGGAUUUUUGAUGACUGUCUGGGUGGCACCAUAUGCGAAUUAUUUUUCUAAAGAUCUCUUAACAGUUUAGAACAGUUAAGAUUUCCUAAACAGUUUAUAAAAUACUAUAACCAUUUGUGAACGUAUAUCGAUAUAAGGUUUUUAAGGAACUUCUUUAUUCAUCACUUUUUUUAGAAGAGGAAAAGGUAUAUUUCGAAAAUGGGGCCCAAGUCACGGCCAGCACAUCUCUCACUGAAACAUAGGGUGGUUUUUUCUAGGGCCCGAAGGGAGUAUCGAUAUAAGUUUGAAUUUCAUGAUUAUUCCACGUACGAUAUUGUACAAUUUCUUAAAAAUAAACAGAACGAGUUCGUAAGAAUCUAAUUUAAAAAAAUAUCAGGCAACUGUUUAAAAAAAUUUUUAAACUAUGAAAAAAAUUCAAUGCAUAGCAUUUAAUGUAUCUUUUUAACCAUAACACAGUGCAAUAUUUGAAUACAAUUGAAAAAAUAAUUUAUUUUCGAAUGAAUAAAUAACUGCCGCUUUGAAUUUAUUAAUAUGAAUGAUUUUUUAAUUCCCUUUUUCAGUGUAACAGUUAAGACUCGCCCGCGAUGCUCACCCAACUGGUGCGCGAAAGAGUGUGUAUCCUAAAACCGGGCCGCUGAAAUGAGCAAAACCGGGCCGCGUAUACUCACUCAUUGGUGCGUUUGCUCUUAUUGUGAGCAAAUUUGGUGAUUUUGUCGGUCCCGACGGCAACGGCCCUAUUUUACUUACCAUGAUACUAACCCCCGGUGCGGUAUCAAAGUGAUUAAACUCGUGAGCAUUUUCACUUUGCUCGCGAUUGCUGCGGAUGCCCUAAGUAGUUUUCAAUAUACUGGAUGAAAACAAAAUGUUGAAACUUUUUACAGUUUUGAAAAGUCAAAAAUCUGUACAAAUCUGUACCAAAUUUUGAAAAUCUGUCAUAUCUGUACGUACAGAUUCUGUACUCAAAAAUCUGUACCUGUCUAGAUAAAUCUGUACAUGUGGCAACCAUGUCGGUCGGUUUCGACAGUAAGUAGGCUAGGAGUGAGCGGGGCUCUCAAUGAGUUUGUUUAUUUUUUGCUCAGCUUUUCUGGGGUUUGUUGGUAAACAAACUUCAUGAGUAUAGUUGCAUAGCCUAUACAUAGCCAAAAUGGCUGAAUCGGGGAUUCGUUAUUCGGGAACACCUCCUGAAUAUAUACUCACCUUGGUUUUGCAUAUAAAAUUUUGUCUCGAAGCUGAGUUUAUGGAAGAAAAACAUUUUUAGGAGUAAUGGAAAAACUCUUUCCAACACGAAUCUGUGAGUUUAACAACCACAACAUGAGAAAAAAAAAACGGACGUCUUCUAUUUUUUUUCAUGGCCGUUUUUUAAUGUUUCCUUAUCAAGUACUUAUAAAUUCAACGCAAAAUUGCAUUGUGUUCUAGGCGGUAAAUUUUCUGUUGAUUUAAGGCGCGGGAAGGCUAAAAAUCUUUGAAGAUUAACCAAUUUUGAUCUCUCGAAACAUUUUGGAACAGUUGGGCUACUCAUUUUAGGUAGUGAACCUGUAUAUAAGAGAAGUGACAUCUGAAACACAAAAUUCCAAUCGAGCAAAAGAACUGUCAAAAUCGAUUCCAAUCGAUCCAAGCAUUUUGUCCCAGAGCUUUUACCUUUCUUAUUGAAAACUCAACCAAGGAAGGUAUUGUGAUUGUUGUUAUAGUUCAAACAGAUAAUUUUUUUAGCUGGUCAUAUGAAUUUAUGAUUAGGUGCAAUUUAUUUCAAUGCUUUGGUGAAUCGUGUUUCUAGUUAGAAAACUAACUAAUUAUUAACAAAAUUCAAGUCAUUCAUACCGUUUAUCGCGAUCCUUCGGGCAUCGAGUUCAAUGCAGUCUUCCGAAAAUCACUCGGAAGAAACGCUCAUGAUAGGUUUCUAGUUGGAAACAUUCAAAGCCGAUUGCUGCUGCCUGUUGUUCCCUAGAGAAUCGGCAGAGCGACAAUGCGAAGUCAAUGUAAACAAGAUUCAAAAGCGAGAGCGGACUCGCAUCUAAGUCGAUCUCUCAAGCUCACUACCUGGUGUAUCAGAAGUGAUUGAGACACUGACUGAUACAAGAUACAAUUCGAAAAUCCACUCACUCACUCACUCAAACUCAAUCAAUGCGGCCUUGCAUCGGUUCAUACUGCCUGCGUACUUUCUGGCAAAGCGGCAGAAACAUAUGUUCAUACGUACUGCCUGCGUGUUUGAAUAACUAUUUUAAUCUUCCCCAACAACAGCAACAAGAAAGCAAGAUGUAUCAGGCAGACAGCAUUCGAUCAUCGAUCAGUAAACGAGUGAGUGAGUGAGUGAUUGAGCAAGAAAAGUUAUUGACUGAUAAAAGAAACUGAAAAUCAGGUAGCUCCUCACUCAGUUGAGAAUUCCAACUGGAGAAGAAACGUCUCUCUUUCAAAUUUUAUUUCUUUGAUUCUCGGAGCAGCGCUGUCGAACACAAUCUUUGCCCCACUGGGAGAUAAACCAACCGACAACUUAGGUUUUGCUUUCGCUGUUGAAAACGUUUCAGUGUCUCUCAUGAAAAUUGAGUGAUAUUCGGAACACUGGUUCAAUGUUGUUUUGUUUGAUUGAAGGAGCGUUCACUUUAGAGCUUGAACAUUGCCACAUAUUUUAUUUUAAGAGGGAUCAGAUGUCGCUUCUCUUAUAUGAAGGUUCACUAAUUUUAGGAAGUUAUUUAGAUUUUUGAAGUUGACCACCUGUAGCCUAAAAAGUAGAGCAGCGAUAUUCUUUGAUUUGCUCUUAGGAUUUCUUAUAGGGAAAAGUAAAUUUUCUCGAUUUGUUGUUAAAAUCUUUUGAACGUGCAGAAAUUUAAAAGGACAAAAGUAACUUCUAAAGGGUUUAAUUAAUUAAAUUAAAUUAAUUAAUUUUGUGUUUUGUUCUGGCAAAUAAUUGAUAUAAUAAUUUGUUCCGCUUCCAGGGCCGUGACCAGAAAUAUCAUAGAGAACCGAUCAUGCUGGAUGAAGCGGUGCCAGAGGAUCCUCUGAAACCCACUGAACGGACGCUCCGGCUACUUAUCGGAAAGCUGAAACUGCUUCCGCUGGUCGAGAGCUGCGAAAAGGUAUGGCCUUCCCGUCUGGACUUCGAAGCCAUCCUGCCCAGCUAUCAGGAGAAUCUUCUGGAGCUGCGUUCGCUACUGCUACCGGAAAUGGUUGAUGAUGACGAUAACGAAGUCGAGAAGCUGUUCGAACUUGCCGGGGAUAUCGGGUGCCGGGCCAAGAGUCUACGGGAGCUUCAAAUUUCCAUAAUCAUGAGCUGUUUCGAAUCAACGGCAUUUGUGCUGUCCGAUGAAUUGGGCCAAAUGCAGCAAGACCUUCGGCAACGUUACGUUUGGGAUAAGGUGCUUCUGAAACCGGCUGGUGACGGUCAGAAUAUUCUCAAACAGCUUAUUGCUACCUAUAAGGCGAAUUUACUUCGAGAAGAUUGGUUCUAUUAUUAUGGAGAUUUGUCCGGGUUUUGUCAGUUUGUGUGGGAUCUGAUGGAACUCGGGGAUAAGAGUUUUAUCGAUCGCGAUACGAUUGAGUUGGUCCAACAGAUUUGUUUAAAAAUGAUAGACUCGGAAACGAUUCAGUUAGCUUUGAAAGGCAUUUCUUUGCUUGAGGAAUGUAUCUAUAAAACUCGAGAAAAAGGGUUUAUUAAUUAUGAGAAAGUGUACGAGCGAUUGUUCGAUCAAACUUGGCGCAUUUUCGAAACAGAUGAAAGGGAUCAGCAAUUUUCCAUCAUACUUAUGUCAGCUUUACUUGAAUGCGUCAAAGUUCUAGAAGUGGAUCGUAACCAACUGAUGUCAACUAUCCAGAAUUUCGGUACCUGGAGCAAGGCCGAUUCUUUGAUGAAUCUGCUCGUGGGUGCUGUCGAGAGAUCGAAGGAUCCAAAAAAUUCGCUAGCUCUGUUCGACCAUAUAGUUCUUCUUUUGAACAUCGGUCAUUCAACGUUUAAAAUUAUUCCCUUUAAAACAACAAAAGAAGAUAAAACGACUGAUUCAAAUCCUUACAUAGAAAGCAACGGUUCCGAAAAAGCUUGUAACCAGCUCGUUAUCUAUGAUAGUGGGAAUGUUUUAAGUUUUUCCAACAAAAAUUGGUGGGAAACCAUCAUGAAACUGAACCAUAAUCGCUUCCACCGUUGGACUGUCCGACUUUUGGAAACUAUAAUAGCCCAAGUUGAACGGUUUGACUUUCCCAAUCCGUUGUUUCAUCAAUAUUUGUGUGGUAUUCUGUUCUCGAUCAUAGACUGUCCGGGAUUGAACUUCAAAGGUGGUUCGGAGCAGUGCUUCGAUACGGUCGUCCAACUAAUGAUGAGCUUUUUGGAAAAGCUGGCUUCUUAUUUGGAUAGAUUGUUGCUGAAAAAAGAAAUCCAAAAGGCAGAUGAUGAAUCUGUUGACGAUCAUCAACAGUCGGUACAGAGAUGUGUAGAAUUUUUCGAAGCUGCCUUUGCCCUGGUGAAACAUUUUAUCGGUAACAUUAUCGAAUCAAAUCCGGAGCUGAUAGAAGCUAUGCAGAAAGGUGGAAGUAUGUCGACACAUUUCCAAGAAACUGAUUUUCUGAAACAGUUUCAAUUGCUCAUUGAGCAAUCCAAAGCUCCAACCGAAAAGCAGUUGGAGAAAGGUUUGUGAACAAACUAGUUGGAUUUGUCAAAAGAUUAUUUUUUUAAUUUAUUUGAUCUUGAAGAGCCACUUUUCAAGUUGUUAAUUUUACAACUUGUUUUUCUUUCUAGUUUAGGUAAGUACCUCUAUAAAUUAACACUCAUCGAUAAUUUUUGCUUUUGAUAUUCCUUCAAGAAUGUAUUUUAAAGAGUUACCGAAUUCCCGAAGUCAUGAGUUUUAAGUAAUACUGACAUUUGCGUUUUGCUAUGUUAAAACAAUACCUACUGUUAUAUACGGAUAUUAUCUAAUAAUUUGCGCCGGAGAUUUUCCCCAAAUUUUUAAUUUGGUUCAGCACAUCAACAUAUGAACUUUUUUAAGAUGAGUUUUUUCAAAUUAAAAUCAAUCUUUUUUUUAUUCCAAAUGCACAUCACUUUUUUUUCAUUUUUCAACUGAACUCAUAAUGAUCCCACAUCGAAACGCAUUGAAUUUUAUCAGCUAAAUAGGUACUCUCAGAAAAAAUGUUUAGUAAAUUUCUACUGGAAAAAAUAGUUUUAAAAUACCAUUUGUAUCACCAAACAUUUGGUAAUCCUGUUUGACUCAUCUAGAAAUAAAUUUUCCUAGUAAUCAAGUCAAAAGUUCCUAUUACGUAGUUGGUACAUUUCGUUCCUUAAAAUUAUCAUUUUUUUUUAAAUCCUAUGCGUUUUGAUUUGAUUAUUAAAAGCCCACUUAUACUUCACGUAAAAAUUAACGUGAAAAAUCUUAUUUCGUCGUCAACAACGCGACGAAGAGAAAUGAUACUACAAAGAACUGCUCAAUAUAUCUUAUAUUUAUUUAUAGAACUCGAAAUCUGAAUCCUAUCUUCCGGUGUCUAGUUUUACAAACUUCGUAUGUAGAUUUAUGUUCUUGAACUACAGAAAAAAGAUUCUUAAAAUUGAAAGAAUUUCUUGGUAGACAGAGUCUUUUUCAAGAAGUUAAGUUUAAGUUAUUCAUUCUCAAAAUUAAAGAUUUGUAAUUUUUUUCCGGUAAAGAAAAUUUAAACUAUUAACCCAAGUCCCAUCUAUCGCCGGCCACGAUAAUCGUUUCUCCGAUGAUUAGCUCCACCACCACCUCCCCGAUUCGGGCCUCCUCGUCCUCGGUCCCUCGAGAACCCUUCAUCCCCUGCGGAGUUACGAUCCCCCCUGGAGUAGGGCUUCUGCUGCUGCUGUUGCUGCUGGCCCUGAUGCGAUCGGUUCAUUUUGUUCUGAUGAUGGCCCUGUGGCAAUUGGCCCAUCAUUUGCAUAUUCGUGUCCCGCAUUCCCUGCAGGCUCGCUAGCAUUUGGUUGAACAUGGCCUGAUUAAAGCCACCUCCGAAUUGGUUCUGAUCCAGCUGCAGGCUACCAUUGUACCCCCCGGGACUCUGCUGCUGCUGUUGGUUCGGAGAUUGAUUGUGUUGUUGGUGGGGGCCUCGAUUUUGAUUUGGUGUUCCGUUAUUGUUAACCCGGGGCGAUGCACCCUGAUUGGGACCAUUUCUGCUCUUCCUGUGCAACGUCAGCGGGCGCUGGAACAGUUUUGUGCCCUCGUAUAUGUUAAUGGCGUACUCAAUCGAAGCGCUAUGAGCGUACGUAAUGAAGGCAUAAGAUCGUUGCCGUUUGGGAUUCUGGGGAUCCCGCGGGAUUUUGACCAUCUCGACUGGACCGGCCUACGUUAAUGAGAUAGUUAAUGAAAAUUAAUUAAAAAAUAAAGAAACUUAAGACAAAAAUACAUCUUGAAAUUCCAACAUGUAACCUUAUGCAGUACCAAAGAAGGCUAUCGUUACUCAAUAAAAUUACAAUUACAACAUGUUUGUGAACAAAAUUACCUGCAAGAAAAGUUCAUACAGCAUUUCCUCUGUAACCUUUUCUGAAAGAUUUCCGCACCAAAGCGUUCGCUCGUCUUCUUCACUCAUGGUACAGGCACUAUUUAGACUUUUUACGAUCACUGGUGGUGAUUUAGUCAAAUUUUAAAUAUAGGUUUUCGCAAUAAGUUGAAGACGCUUUGCGGAAGUCUUUUUUGUUUUGUUUUUUGUUUGGAACACGCUCUUUUAUUUUAACUCAAAAUUAAGUACGACCGUGGUUCAAAACUACCGUAUUUGUUUAUGUCGAGUGUUGCACUAGUGCACCACUAGGUGCUGUCAAACUGUUUGUUUAUUCGGACGGUGUUGCACUGGUUUUGACCUGUCGGAGUUCUGCUUACACACUCAUCUGGCGCAACCCCUUAUAGUGUAGUUUUGACCCGUUAUCGGAAAAGACUGGGUUAACUCCUUUUUCAUGUAAAGUCCUUGUACCCCUUAUUGUGUACACAGCAUGUACGUCAAAGCAGAGGUGAAAAUUAGUAAUGUAAGCAUGUAAAAUUUACACAUUAUUUUGGAAGCCCGCUCUGCGAUGUCAGCCCUUUGAUGUUAGCCCUUAAAGUGUCAGAAGGAUGGAAAGAAAAUAAUAAAAACAAAUCAGUUUGUUUUGAAUUUCUGUAUUCGGCAAGGUAUAAUUUUCAUGCUCCUGUUACAGAAUAGGAAAAUAUUCAAUCAACUCAAUGAACUGAACUGAUCUUUCAGCAUUAACCGAUUCAUUGAAUCGUCGAACGAGAUCGGUUACGGCAGAAAGAGUUGUAUAUUCUGAAUGACAAGUUAAAAAACUACCCUUUAUUUAGUAAGCCAGCUUUUCUAAAUAAUGUGUAAAAUUGACUCGAGGAAACGACACUUUUUUUGACAGAUCUCGGCUGUUCGCAAUAAUGGGUCAAUUUUACAAGUUUAAGGUGUUGCGCCAAAUGAGUGUGUACGUACGGUGGGCCAACGUUAAUUUUGCCAGCACGCUGGAAAUUAUUUAACCAAUUAUCGUUAAAAAGUAACCAUUUUCACACCUUUCCGCGUUAAGUUAUUUUUUGGUUUCUUCCAUAGAAGUCAUUUUUUGACUUCUCUUGAGAAGUGGAAAUAUGGUAACUUUUUAACCGCAAGAAAUUAUUGCGGAGAAGUUGAAAAACGGUUAAUUUUGAACCAUAUCGCAGAAUGGAAGGAAAACAGCACACCUGACCAGGAACACGAAAUUUAACUCACCCUUACCGCCGCUCUCAGUUUGGCCGACCGACUCCGGGGAUUUCGUUCGACCUCCUCGUCACCCGGAAGCACCACAUGUUUGGUCAGUUGCUGCCAUCCGGAGCACGGUUUCGUUAGACUGUCCAUCGCCUGCCGUUCGUGAUAAACGGUGUGGCUGGAGUAGCGCAGCGGCAACCGAUUGGCCAUAUCGUUCAACACGUUACCCAUGACGUGCCGCUUUACGACAGUGUCCUCGAGCGAGUGGAACGUUAUGGCCACCAGUUUGCCACUAAGCUUCAGAUAUCGCUGGGCCAGCAGCAUCCCGUAGUUGAUUUCGUUCAGUUCGUUGUUGACAAAGAUUCGCAGCGCCUGGAAAGUUUUCGUGGCCGGAUGGCUUGGUCUUUUAAAUUUGUCCAAUCGGUGCAUUCCCGUUCCGAAGCAGGACUGAACGAUGUCAGCCAGCUGGUGUGUGGUUUCGAUUUCACGCAUUGAGUGACGAGCCUCGAUUAUGGCAAUUUUCCUGUACUGUUUUUCUUCCCCGUAAAUUUUCAAUAUCCGGCUCAAAUCGGUUUCGUCAAUUUUGGCCAAGACUUCAGCGGCCGUUGGACUGUCCUGGUAUCGAUCCUUAUCUAUUCGCAUAUCCAGGGGACCGUUUCUGCUAAUUGAAGAACCACGCAGUCCUUCUGCAUCGAGGAACAACCGAAAUCGAAUAUGAAUCCGUCAAUGGAAUUUUGUCGAAUCUUUAAUUCUCGCAAUUUUGCGGGAAGCUCGGAAAAACCUCCCAAGUACAGGUAUGAUUUGUUUCGGGUAACAGGAAGCCAAAUCAGUUGCAAUCCUAUGAGCAAUUGGAUCUCGAUCCAAUGCAAUAGUUUUGGCUUCCGGAGCAGUUUUUAAAAUUUCUUUGGUGUGACCUCCCGCGCACACAAAUAGCUCUCCUUUCUGAGGUUUCAAAAACGUGACCCGGCCAUAACCGGAACAUGGCCAACAUUCGUGGCAAAGUUUCUGCUUAAAACUAAUCCUAAUCUAUGAACACCGCCGGCUAAUACCUUCAUCAUUGCUUGUUCAAGUAUUCCAUAAACUGCCGAUGAAAGCACGUCCCGGCACUGCUCCCCGGACAGCUCGGUGGCAGUCGAUUGAAGCAUCCUCGGGUGUGCCUUCAGGUGCACGUCGUUAACCAGAUUCUCCAACGCUCGAUGCUGUCACGAUAGAUUUUCGUCGUUCACGGCAAUAAUGUUGACACCACCCAGCACUCCGGCCAGCUGAUCCCGCAAAAACUGUCCCAGAUCCCGCCCGAUUUUACUCUGAUCCACCGGCCAACGUUCCAGCAGCUUGAGAAAGCGAUUGUAGUGCUGGGACAUUAUACGCACCGACCGGAAGCUGUAAAAUAAAUUCUUGUAUAACUAAUCUAAUAGUUACUAAUCUAAUAGUUAAUCUAAUAAUUACUAAAUACUUCAGAGACAAAUUAGGUAGAAUACUUACAAUAAGUUGUAUAACUUUGGCUUCAAAAAACUUUUGAUAAAUGCGGCUGGCAAACGGGUUUCGGAGUGGUGGCAUGGCUGGUUAUCACCCCCAGGGUCGCUGACGAUGAGAAGCAUCACACUCAAUCAUGCUCCGAGCAAACAGCAACAGGUCAGCUGGUCGAGCGGCAAUCAUCUCGAUUUUAUCUUUUCUCUGUGGAACCGGAAUUGCUGCAAAAGGUAGUUGAAAAUGGAAUUAGCAUUGCUGUAGACUAACUAUAUGUUUUUACUUACCAUGGUGCACGGAGUUUAUCGGAAUCAAUCGAUGCCCGUAUUUGUUGAUUUCGUUUUUCAAUCCGUCGGAACCGAAACAGCUCCCGGUUCAACUUAUCUUCUUCCUUAUCGAUCGGCACUUCCUCUUCCUAGUGAUUCGGGAUGCUGCGGGGCUUUAUUAGAAAAUCAUCACUGUUGUCGUUGAACACGGUUCCGGAGACUUUGUUAACGACGACCACGGUUGUUGCUGGUUUUUGUUUACCACCGGGAUGUGUGCUAAGCCGGGAUUGACGGAUGCUAAGGGAUCGUACCGAUUCCGUUUCCGAAAAUGUUUUCUCUCAACUACGGUGUCCGGUACCAUCGCAAUCGCUAAUCCGCCGACGGAAGAAGACGGUACGGAAGAUCCGUUUAGUUUUCCUGCAAAGAAAUUUGAUUUCAAAUUCAAAAAUCAUAUUUUAGAAGAAAAAAUAGAAUUACCUUCCAGCAGAGUUGGCAUUGUUGAAUCCUUCAGUCGACAGUUUAACAAAUCCGGUGGAAUCAAACGUUAAAUAAACAUGGAUUAAAAACAAUAAAACGCGUUCAAUUUCGCCAUUGUUCACUUCCAAAUUAAAA